AUGAAUAAUAAUAAUAAUAAAAGAGAGAGUAAUAUUCUCACCAUUAAAAAUGAUAUAGAAAAUAGUUUAGAAUCAUUUAAUAAAAACAAUACAAAUUUAGACAGUAAAUACAAUGAAGAUUUAUAUUCAUUUAGUUUAGAAGAAGAAAAGAAGUUUAUUAAAGAUAUUAAACUUUUAUCAGAUGAAAAUAUCAAUAUUAUAAAAAAUUUAAAGACAAUUUUACUUUUUAAAGAGGAGCAUAACAAUAAAGAAGAGUGUCUUGAAGAGUUAAAAAACCAGUUUAUAGAUACUUUAAAAAACUCAAUUAAAUAUUUUUAUAAAGGGCAAUGUUUCUAUAAAGAAAGAUUGACAUUGAAAAUGUUUAAACAAUACAGAACCAUAAAACCAGAUUUAAAAGAUGAUGAAAUUUUAAAAGCACUUCAAGACAGCUCACCAGAUCAAAUAUUCUUCAAGACAAGUUUUGGUUUUAACUUUAGUGAUAGCUCUAAAUCUGCACUAGUUUAUAUUCAAUAUCGACACCAUGAUUUAAAAACAUUAAAUUUAACUAUCAAAGAAAUUCAAUCAGUUUCAAAAGAAUUAAAUAUUAACUGGGAUCUAUCGGUCGAAUGGUCAUCGUUCUCAAUUAAUAAAUAUAAAAACCAUAGUACCAAUAAUAAUAAUAAUAACAACUAUAACUCCAAUUCACCAACGGUAAGAUCAUCAAUUUCAAUCGGUGGUAAUAUUUACAAUAAUGAUGAAACAAAGAAAAGAAAAGAGGAAGAAGAGGCAAAGAAUAGGGUUUUUAUGCUAAAGAAGAAACUAAGAGCAACAUCAACUGCAAGAAGAUUCUUAUUUUUUAAUAUUUGGUGUUGUGAUGAAUAA